AAUCAAAGAAGCGCUCAAGGAAGGCUACGACGAAAAAUAUACCCUUAGAAUCAAAGAAGCGUUAAAGAAAGAAGAUGAUAAAGAUAUUUGUGCACAUGUUGAGUUAUAUUUGAAUUAUGAAGAGUCAAAUUAUACAUACGUUACCAUUCGAAAAGGAAAACGUCCCAAAUCAAUUGCAUCGGCAGAAUUUACCAAGUCAGUAGAAUCAGUAGAAUCAACCGGAUCAGCAGAUCGUGUUCAUGAAACAUAUAAUUGGUUACAUCUUAUCUUAAAUGUAGUGAACAUGUAUUAUUGGAUUGUUGUUCAAAGAAUGGCAGAUUGGUAUAUCGAGAUGCACAUAAAUCAAAUUGGGAUAUUUGUUCCCACAUUAUCCAGUUUAAAAUCACAAACAUUAUCAAUACCAUCAACGACAAAUGGAAGAAUUAGUAAUUAUGGUGGUGGUAAUAGAUUAAGUAGUGUUGGUUCACAACGUAAAGAUUGGCGUAGCGGACAUAAAUUAGUUGAUAACUUGAUUCAAGGAAUUAGAUUGGACUUUCCUUUUCCAUCACACCAUUUGUCAUGGAUACCUUUUGACGAAUUUGUUGGUUUGAAAUUUGUUUCGCGUGGUGGAUUCUCAGCAAUUUAUGAAUCAAUGUGGACAAAUACUGGUCAAACUGUUGCUUUGAAAUGUUUAGAUGGAUCUCAAGAUUUCAGUACUGACUUCUUAGACGAGAUAAAAUCACAUUGGUGUUUAUUUUCACAACCUCAAUUUUUACGUUGCCAUGGUAUAACACAAUUACCAAACAGUCGUGAAUUUAUGAUGGUUAUGCAAUAUGCAUUAUUUGGUGAUCUACGUUCACACCUUCAGAGAACUCGUAUUUUUACCUGGAAAGAAAAAAUUCGAAUACUCAAACAAAUUGCUAGAGGCAAUGAUCGUACAAAUCCAGAAGCUAUAUAUUAUAGCCGUUUAUUGGAAUUUCCCGAGUUGAAAAACACAAAACUACAACAACAUCAAUCUUUAAGGCAAUCAUUUCUUGGAAUUCUCGAUCAGCACACUGAUUUGAAUCGUCCACUAUCAUCUGUUUAUUCGUUUACAUCUACUCGGAUUGAUAACAAUAACAAUAGAGAUGAUAUUUAUUCAAAAUUAGAAUCAUCAAAUAAUAAAAGAACAAGUGUUGUUUUACCAGAUGAUGAUUUAACAACCUUACAAACCUUUUGGGCUAUGGAUGGCCAAAAUUCUAAAAAUAAAAAGGAACCUAUUUCAAGUUCCUCAUAA